AUGAACGCCGCGGCAGAGGGCGAGAAGGCUCUCGCAGACUCAAAUGCAUCUCUUGCUAUUCAGCACUAUACGCGCGCUCUCACUGAGUUACCUCGCGCUCCAUCCUAUUACAUACAGCGCGCAAUCGCUCGCUCCCGUGUGAAACCCGCCGAUGGUGGCCCACAAUCUUCGGCAGCUCUACGAGAUGCGGAAAUCGCACUGGUCCUAGCCAAAGAACGUGGAAAGCGCGAACUCAUUCUACAAGCGCAGAUGCGCCGCGGAGUCGCACUGUUUCAACUCGAACGUUAUGCAGACGCUGCGUUCAUCUUCGGGAUUGUCGAGUCGAAAACGUCAAAGGGACAAGAUACCAGCACCAACGAAGGUGGCGCCAAAGCUGCCAUGGCUACCAUGGCCGGUGGAUCGGCUGCAAGCAAGAAGGAUGGUGUCACCGCGGAAUUGCCCAUAUGGAUUGCCAAGGUUCGUCGCAAGCUCGCGGGCCUUCAGGAUGGAGAUGAAAAGUUGCCGAUUUCUGUUUCUGAAAGCCCUUCCGGCGUCCACAUUCCAAGCGAGGCGGAGCUCAGGGCGGAAUGGCAGGCUCUCAAGUCUGGUCAAGCGUCUGCUACUGAAGGCCAAACUGCGCAAGCGGGUAGCCAGAAGGAAGACGGCGCUCCAAACACUGCUGCGAGUCAACCUGGGAUCCUCAAUCAAGCCCCCAAGCCGCCGGCACAAGCUCCCUCUGUGCAGAAAGUCCGUCACGAAUGGUACCAGUCCCAAGACUCUGUGGUGGUCACUCUCUAUGUGAAGGGUGUCCCGAAGGACACUGUUGAGCUGGAGCUGCAGGAAACUUCGGUAUCAUUGCAGUUCCCUCUAGCUACAGGCACCACUUAUGAUUUUACGCUCCAUCCACUCUAUGCGCCUAUUGAUGAAGCCUCAUCCACGGUUUCUGUAAUGGGUACCAAGAUUGAGUUGACACUGAAGAAAAAGACACACGGGCAGAAAUGGAACGCACUUGAAGGUCAAGCAUCUGAGACCUCCCAGCUCACAGACCGUCCUGCUGCCCCGGCUGCACCCGUUUCCUCGGCUCCGACCUACCCGACCUCAUCUCGAACGGGUGCCAAGGACUGGGACAAACUUGCGUCGUCUCUCACUGCCAAGAAGUCAAAAGAGAAGAAGGGCGAAUCUGCAACAAGUACACAAAACGAGACAGGCGAUGCUUCUGAUGCGGAAUCAGUAGAUUCGGAUCUGGGCGGGGACGCCGUUGAUGGAUUUUUCAAGAAGCUCUAUGCUGGUGCUGAUCCCGACACGCGCAGGGCUAUGAUGAAGAGCUACAUUGAGAGUCAGGGCACGUCCUUGAGUACAAACUGGUCGGAAGUUGGCCACAAGAAGGUGGAGCCUCACCCUCCAAGCUGA